CACCAGAAGAACAGCUGGACUCUGCUCCCAAUCUGUCUUCUCUCCUUAAACGCAGGAACCGGUGUUUCGGAGGAGGAAAGGGGUAUUAUCUGAUUCCCCAAUUUCCUCCAAAUGGCGAAGGGAAAAUGCCCUUCUCCGCUUCCACUCCGAGUUGAGCACUGCGCCUGGGCCCUGCUAAUAAAAGCGCAAAGCGUAAAUGGCUUGGGGAUUAUUGGCUUUCGCCCUUGGACUGAGAUGUGAGAUCACGAUUUUCAGCCUGGGGAAGGAACCGCCUCUACCAGGCUGAGAGGUCGCCGCUUCCCCUUCCUGCGCGGGUCCUGCAUGACAUCACGGCGACAGCAGCCAGAGGGGGGAGGCAGAAGCGCCUCCUCCCCGCCGGGAGCCGGGGCUGCAGCGCAGGGGGAGGAAGGCGCCUCACCUAGCCCCCAAUGAGGGGCGGAUCAUGCCAUGGCAGCGCCUGCGAACGACAGCGGUGGCAGCACCCGGAGCCGGAGCAGCAGCCCCGGGAGCCGGGAGGGAGUUGGGGUUACCGCGGCAGGAGCUCGUGACGACGGGGACACGGGAGUCCGGGACACCACCGCGGCGACCGCCCCCAGCCUCCCUCCGCUCGAGGACUACGAGUGCAAGAUCUGCUACAACUACUUCGACGCGGACCGGCGCGCCCCCAAGCUGCUGGCCUGCCUGCACACCUUCUGCCAGGAGUGCCUGAGCCAGCUGCAGCUCCGCGCCGCCGCCGCCGCCUCCAGCGCGGCCCCUGAGCGCGCGCCGCGCCCGCCACCCUGGCACGGCCCGCCCGGCGCCAUCGCGUGCCCGGUGUGCCGCCACCGUACACCGCUGCCGGACAGCCGCGUGCACGGCCUGCCCAACAACACCAAGCUCGCCGAGGCCUUCCCGCUGGCUCUGCGAGCCGCGCACGAUCCCCUGCCCCAGGACCGCCUCCCGCCGCUGGCCUCCCGCCGCCCCGCGCCCACCGCCGCCCCGCCGCCAGCCCCCGCCCCGCAGCCCCCGCAGCCGGCGCCACCACCCGCUGAGGACAUCGCCCCAGGGCCUCGGGCCCGCCCAGGUCUCCGCGCCCCGGGAGCCUACGAGAGCUGUCAGAACUGCAAGCGCGCGGCGCUCACCGCGGGCUGCGUGUGCGUGGUCUUCUCGUUCCUCUCCAUGGUGGUGCUGCUGUUCACUGGCCUCAUCUUCGUCAACCACUACGGUGGUGGCGGCGGCGGGGGUGGGGGUGGGGGACCCCCCGGCAGCGGUUCGUCCCCCGGCCCUGCCCCAGCUACCGGAUCGCCCUCGCCCUCGCCCGUAGGACCCAUCUGUCUGUCAGUGGCUAGCAUCCUCGCGCUCUUCUCCGUGGUGGUCACCUGGAUCAUCUGCUGGCUCAAGUAUCGGCCCGAGGGGGCGGCCGCGGCCUCGGCAGGUAGCGGAGGCAGUGGCUCCAGGGCGCGGGCGGCCGCAGCUCCCGGCGGCGGCGGCGGCGGCAGGAGGAGCGACACGUAGAAGGGCGGCACACCCUGUUCCCGGUGCGUCGCCUGCCCUGAGAGGCCCCGGCCUUGGGCUCAGUGCGCUGGAGUUUCUGCCUACCUUCGUCUGUGACCACGGACCACCUAGUCAAGGCGAAGCCUCAGUUUCUCACCUCUCGGUCUUUCCGUUCCCUACUUUCUUUACCUUGGGCGAGACAGGGAUGCUGGUGUGUGUGGGUGACGGGGUGGGGUGGGGUCCCUUUUACCCAGAUCUCUGCUUUAUGUGCCACCUCACCCUCACCAGAGUGUGUGGCUGUCCCUUUCCAAAGUCUGAGGAUGUGCAGAAGGUGGAUUCCUGGCUCUUGGGACUUUGGCAUUCAUUUAGGGGUGCCGGGGCGCACGCGUGCUCGUCCACAGCAGUUGUGAAUGGACUUGAAUUGCCUAAAGGAAGAAUGAAUGAGAUGUAAAAGUAAAUGACCUUCCUGCUUCUCAAAGAUCCCGGGAGGUCAGAAACUAAUGAACAGUCGGGAUCCUCACACCUCUGGAUGAGCCUCUGGAUGGACUUAGCUUGCUGGCUGGCAUCUGAGCGGUGCUGGGCAGGUGCUCAGCGCGCCUGCGCAUCCAGGGCCGCCUCUGUUCUCCCUCUAGUUGGCACGUACUGGUUGGUGAUCCGCUGCUUUCCGCCUGGUGGCUGGAGCCGAGCCCAGAAGUCCCAUCUCCUGGAGGCUUGCGGUUGUUUUAUUCACAGUGUUACUGCCAGGAAGUCAUUUUCAUCUUCUGUAACCGGACUCGACUCAGGGAGCUUAAAGAGCUUGACCUUCUUUCUCUCAAAACUGACUGACUGUUGCCCCCACCUGGAAGACACUGAAAGCUAUUUACAGAGUAUAAACUAUAGGCUUCCCCUUUUCCCGUGACUUACCCCCCUGCCACACACACUCUCACAUUUCACUUAAAAAUAAUUUAUUUUUGAAUAUAUAAAUCUGGAAGUUUUGCGCUUAAGAUCUCUGGAAGCUGUUUUGAGCGUUUCAUUUCUCUCUUACCUCUGAUCCAAACACAUUUCAGAACAAGAAGCAGAAAACCAAAGUGUGUCAGUAAUCAGUCAAGAUUUUAUACUGUGAAACAACUUUCAACUCUGUGAAAACAUAGAAUAAUGUCCAAAGAUGAAACUGAAAAGUAUCUCUGCCCCUGAUGAUUAUCCAGAAAAUGUACAUUUACCAUAUUUUGAGUUUGGCUUUCUGCUGACAUGGAAAUCAUUGAAAUGUUCACACCCAAUGGGGGAAAAUACAUAUCGACCUGAUUUUUGAGACUAAAGGGAAUGAUUUGUGAGUGUAUACUUCACAUGAUGUAGUUGCCUUUUUAAAAGAAAAACGUGGUUCUAAAUGUAUUUUGUAUGGAAACAAGUGUCUUAUUCCUUCUUUUGAAAGUUGGAAAAAGAUAGUUUUCAUGCUUUGAAGAAAAUCAGAGAUGUCAUUGGAGGGGAGGUGUUUUUUUCCUCAUGUAUUAUGUCGUCUGCAUGAUGCCUUGACACCCUCCUAGUAACUGAACUUGAAUGAAGCAUUUAUAUGUAUUGUAUGAGUGAAGUAAUUUAUUGGCCAUCCAUAAACAGCGUGGCUACAAUUUAAGAACCACAGUAUGGUGUGUUAGAUGUCUUAGUUGUCUUAAUAAAAAUAGGAAGUGUUUAUAGAAAAUAA